UUCCGCUCCACAACUCCGCUCCGGGAGCGGGCGGAGCAGCGCCGAACGGUACAACUCCGCGGAGUCGAAAGAGCGGAGCGGAGCGGUUCGCAGUUGAAUUUCACGGAGUCGCUGAAACCGAGCUCCCCACCACGACUCCCUCACUUUCCCCCUCCCCAACCUACCAGUUCGAUCCAAUCUGAGCGAAUCCCAGGGUCCUCCCCCGACCAUGGAACCCUAGCAUUGCGCCGCCGCCGCCGCAGUUCCCUGGCCACCACUGCAACCUCGCCAUCUCCUCGCCCCCUCGUCAUCCCCGGCCAAAUUCUCACCCCUGCAACCUCGCCAUCUCCUCGCCCCCCUCCUCAUCCAAGGCAGCUUUCUGUUCGGCGAUAACUUUGGGGGCAUACGGGUUGUGUGGACCUCUGGCGGCUGAGAUCACCAGGGCCUCGUCCUCGUCCCCGACAGCUCGGAUUCGUCGUUUGCAAGGUCGGCACCCACGCCUACGUCACAUACAGCAAGAUGUCAUCGGAUAGUGACAAUGAUAGUGAUAGUUAUGAAGAAAGGAAGAAGAGGGUAUGCCACCAUGUCCAAUCAAUGUCCAACAUCUAUGCCGGUGCAUCAACACUUGCAGGGAAGUACUGUGACAACUAUUUGAUCAAGGCAGACCCAAGGAAUUCUAUUCUCAGUGGGUUCGGAUGGCUGCAGGAGACAGUCUCAACACCUGGAGAAACAUAUACCAUGUUGAGGAUGAACGCACGCCUCUUCUUUCAAUUGCAUGACUUGUUGGUCAAAAAGUAUGGCUUCAAAUCAACCUGUUUCGUAAGCAGUUAUGAAGCGCUUGCAAUGUUCUUGUGGACAUUAGGGGGUUGCGAGUCUAAUAGGAGAACACAAAAUCGUUUCAAGCACUCAGGAGAUACAGUCCACCGGAAGUUUCAUGAGGUUUUACUCUGUGUGGUUAAGAUGGCAGCAGAUUACCUGAAACCUAAGGACCCAAACUUUAGUAGUGUGCACCCAAGGAUUCAAAAGGAUAGAAGGGCUUAUCCACAUCUUAAGGACUGCAUCGGCGCACUAGAUGGUACUCACGUCAGAGCUACCAUUCCUGCUGGCGACCAAGUUAGAUACAUUGGAAGGUCAGGAUCAACAACACAGAAUGUUCUGGCAAUAUGUGAUUUUGACAUGCAUUUCAUGUACACUUCAGUUGGUCAACCCGGCUCUAUGCAUGAUACCAGUGUCUUGUAUCAUGCAAUUGAAGCUGACAAAGAUACCUUCCCUCAUCCUCCAAAGGGUAAGUACUAUCUUGUGGACGCGGGCUAUCCUAAUAGACCUGGAUAUCUCGCACCUUACAAGGGAGAAAGGUACCACGUGCCUGAUUUUCAACGAGGUGUGGCGCCAAGAACACCUAAGGAGAAAUUUAACAAGAUACACUCAUCCAAGCGUAAUGUGAUCGAGAGAGCAUUUGGUGUGUGGAAAAUGAAGUGGCAGAUUCUACUAAAGAUGCCCAAUUAUUCAGUUGAAACUCAAAAGAUGAUAGUGGCUGCCACUAUGACCCUUCACAACUACGUUCGAUAUCAUGAUAAGGGUGAUCUUCACUUUCUUCGAGUCGACAGAGAUCCCAACUAUGUCCCAACUAUCCCUUCAAGGUAUCAACGGUAUGCCAUCCCUCCGAAUGCAUCAGAUGUGUCAACCUCGGAGGCUAGUGAUAAAGACAUGGACCUGUUCCGUAAUAGACUAGCAACUAAUAUUGCUCUUGGUUGGUGACUUCCACUUCUGCUAUAAAUGUGAAACCAUCCGAAGCAGAGUAUAUAUGUUUUUGGUUCUAUUCAAGCAAUCACCAGCAUUGCAUAAAGGUUUUCAUGUGUUGAAUGCAGGACCUCCACUGGACUAGAGUGAUGUCUACAAAGUACAUGUGUUUAUGCUGCCUUUGUUUGUGUUUAUCUUAGGAAAAAAAUCCUAUUUGUUUAUGUUGCUAAAAUCAUGUAAUUUCAGCAAACUCAUGCUGAAGCGUUCUUGUGCGAUAAAGUGAAUUUUUGCACAAAGAAAUUAUGUGUGAAAUUUCAGCAUUAUUUUCAGUAAACUCAGCAUAUUUGUGCA